AUGGUAAGCAUCAGGAAGUGCAGCAUAUUAGUCAGCAAUUGGGUUUAUUUGAAGCUCCGCCCCGAUUGCCUACAGUCCAUUGUGUGCCAACCAAAUGAGAAGCUCACUCCACGAUUUUUCAGAUCAUAUCAAAUCACAGAGCGCGUCAGUCUGCUAGCUUAUUGUUUACAACUCCCACCAACAGCCCAACUUCACCCUAUUUUCCAUGUAUCACAGAUCAAGAAGGCGAUUGGAGAAGCACAUCAUAGCAUUCUACUACCACCACAACUGGACGCUGACCUCAAUUGGAACAUCAGCCCUCAACAGGUCCUGAACAUAUGCUCCACUACAGAAGAGACCAAAGCCGUGGUCCAGUUGGACCACUUUCCUAAAGAAGAAGCCACAUGGGAGUCGGUUCCUACCUUACAGCGACAGUUCCCAGAGUUUAUUCUUGGGGACAAGGUGACUUUGGCAGUAGGGUGUAAUGUUAGGUUCCAAGGGAGUCAAACAUACUCGAGACAUAGAAAAGAGCCCAAGACAAGUCCCCAAAGAGACUGA